AUGGCGUCGGUAGUCAGCGUAUACACCAUAGCAGCCAGCUUGCUAUGUUUUCUUGGAGAUUUUCCACCAACUGUCCACACCCAAACACUCACCGUCACCCUGUUACCAGUAUCUACUAUACAAGGCCAAUCAGCAACACUCACCUGUACCUUCUCACUGGAUGUGUCUGGUGCCUUAGACUACGUGGCAUGGAGACAGAGAGGCACUGUUAUUGCUGACUUUUUCGGAGGAGCCCAGACACCAUACUACCAGAAUGGAUUUUCUGCUCCUGGAUAUGUUGUUUCCAGGGAUGAUUCAAUGAGUACUCUGACGAUAGCAAGUACUCAAUUCUCUGCUGAUGAUGGAGAAUAUAGCUGCAGGGCGGAGUAUACAGUAGGUGUGAAUGUUUAUGGUAGCACAGCAACCAGCAAUCUAAUAGUUUAUGUGCUUCCAUCAAUAAUCACCCUAUCCGACUCAACUGGAAGUUACCCUUCUACUGGCGGUACAUCAUAUCUUGUUGACGGUGUGAACCGUCAGUUCACCUGUGAGGUACCAGACAUCAACCCAGGAGCAUUAUUCACUUGGUCUCUGGAUGGUGGGGCCAUCACAACCGAUAACACCGUGAAUGUUACAGGUGCUGAUGACUUAACUACCAGCACUAGUCUGGCAACCGUAUCACCAGCAUGGAGCAGCCACGGAAAGAUGUUACAGUGCCAGGCUUCCAAUAAAGAUGGACAUGCUGGGAUGAGCAUCAGCAUCACACUUGACAUUAAAGUGCCACCCAAGACCUCAUUCAUGUCAAUGUAUGAUUCCAAUGGAGCGUUCACACCAGGAGGUUCAGUCAGCGUAGACCAAGAUGCAUCACACACCUUCACUUGUCAGGCUCAGUCUCGACCUGCAGCUACCAUCCAGUGGGAUGUCGGUUCUCCUAGUUACCAGGACAGUACCUUUGGACAAACCACUCCAGGCACAGGCGAUGGUUUGGUUGAUACUACAAGAACCUGGACAUUCACUCCGAGACGAGACAAUCACAGACAGGAUGUGAGGUGUGUGGCCAACACUGCAGAGUCACAGCAACCUUACCCAUAUGUCAUGGUUACACUCAAUAUCAGUGGUCCCCCUGACUUGCCUGUGAUCUCAGGCAAUGCUGGUAGCACAUCAAUGACAGAGAAUGACCCCAUCGUGUUAACAUGUACAGCAGACAUGGGAUAUCCUGACGACUGGACCUUGGUUUGGUCCAAUGGAGGCUCACCUGUAACUGGACCAACUACGAGCUCGUCAGCAUCAGGUGAUCGCUACAGCUUCAACAGCACGCUGGACUACACACCAAGGAGACAGGAUAAUGGAAACAACAUCACAUGUACGGCAAACAGAGCCCCAUGGAUCCCUGGACCAGUGGGAUCUCUGGGGCCGAUUGAUGUCAAGUUUUGUGCCAGUUCACUUACUGUGACAGGGUCAAACGCAACAGCAGGCAGUACAGUCACCUUAAGAUGCAAUAUAUCAGAGAGCAGCAACCCAGCUACCACUCUCACCUGGUCUAAGGGUAGCGUACAGCUAACCACGCCCACUGAUCAACCCAACGCUCCUGGAGAUAAUGGAGGCAGAGUGACUACAGUCAUCUACACAACUGAUGUCCUGGACAAGACUAACAACGGAGACGUGUACAUAUGCUGUGCCACGAAUCCAACCAUCUCAUCAUGUGUUACGCCGUUGUGUGACAUGCAUACUUUGAAUGUCAGAUAUCCUCCAGACUUCACCUCAUUGACUCAAACUCCGCAAACCCCUGUCACUGAAGGCAGUGAUGUAACUCUGACGUGCACUGUAGAUGCUAAUCCUUCUACUGUUGAUAUAACUUGGAAAAAAGAAGGUUCAGGUGAUGCAUUUAACCCAACGAAUGGCCUCACCAGUACACUGACUCUGAGUGACAUCAACAGGGAGCAGGCUGGCUACUACACAUGUACAGCGAAUAACGGUGUGCCUACGGAUAAUCCUGCUGACGUGGUUUCAACUCCAAUCACUGUCAUUGUACAGUAUGAGGUGAACAUCACCAAUAAGGCAAUGAAAGAAGUAGGAGUCAGUAAUGGUGAUACUGCCGUCUUAACCUGCAUUGCUGUGGGCAAUCCUCAGCCAGUCAUGGAGUGGUAUAGUCCAAAUAACACCAUGAUCACCAGUGACACGGACGAAGGCAAGUUCUUUGUAACCAAUGAGACAUCUGGUGGAGACAGAGUUUUUGGGUUUGAAGUCACAAGCAAGUUGACCAUCAAGGCAGUAGAUUCCCAGGUUGAUUACGGGGUGUACACCUGCAUCAGUUCAAAUGGCAUCGGGAGAGAGGACUCACUGAAUAUCACCCUCUUUGGAACAAGACGACCAGACAAGCCUACUAGAGUUGAGAUAACUGAGCGCACGGCAGAGAUUCUUACUGUGACGUGGACACCUGGCUAUGACGGUGGUGAGACUCAGUCAUUCCGUGUCAGCUACAUCAAGACAUCAGACUCCACAGAGGUCUUCACUGAAGAGACAGGUGGGAAGACAACAUCCACAGCAACAGGUCUGGAUGACUACACAGAGUAUGAGAUCAGGGUGUAUGCCAAGAAUGCCAUCGGUGAAAGCAUUGGCUAUGGCAGCACAACGGGAUAUACACUGCCGAGAGCACCAGGCCCAGACUCAGGGAUCGCUGUGGGGUUUAACAAGAAAGAUGGAACUGUAGAAGUUGGAGGGCUGAAGGAGGAGAAUGCAUGCAUCCAGCUGGAAGUCCGAUACCAAGGCAACGACACUUGGCAGGAGUGUGGAGCUUGCAUUGAGUCUGAUCAGACAGUGACCCUCCCUGAUCAUUGUGCAUCAUCACAGAAGCGAAAAAGACGAGCUGUAGGGGCCAUUGAAGCCGUCCGCUCCAAACUUUGCAUUGGUGGUUUGUGUAGUCAACCAGCAGAUGCCAAGGAAGAUUUGCCUCCUGAGCCCGGCGAGCCAAAUGACAGUACUGGUGUCAUCGUCGGUGUCGUCGUUGGUGUUGUCGUGUUAAGUGUCAUCGUUGUGCUCGGAGUCUAUGCAAAGAGAAAAUUUGGGAAACACAACAACGGUGACAGAGAAACGUUAAGAGAGACAGUGAAAGACGUCCGUCCAAAAGUCAAGAAUCCGCAAGAAGACACACAGUCACCCUAUCAAGACAUAACAGAAUUAGAAGUACUUGGUAAUCCAGCCAAUCAGGAACUAGGAACCGCAGCCUAUGCAAAUGUCCAGACUGCCCACAAGGCCUUCCCACGUGAUCAGCUGAAGAUCAUCAAAGAGCUCGGACAUGGCGCCUUUGGUCAGGUGCUUCUAGCUGAGGCUUCGGGGAUAACACAUGGGUCAAAGGUCAAAUUGGUUGCUGUUAAGACACUCAAAGAGGAAGUCAACAAGAGUGAUAAAGCCGAUAUGAUGAGGGAGCUAGACCUGAUGAAGAAGUUACCAGACCAUUGUAAUGUAGUCAGGCUCCUUGGAUUCUGUGUAGAGAAAGACCCGCCAUACAUCAUAGUGGAGUAUCUGACCAGAGGCAACCUGAAAGACCUUCUUAAAGACAGUCGUAGUAAGGGAGGGCGUGUCUAUGGCAACCUGCAUGGUAUCAGUAAGUCACUUACCUCCAAGGAUCUGAUGAAGUUUGCCAAGGAUGCCGCUGAUGGAAUGGCCUUCAUCUCAUCUCAACAGUGCAUUCACAGGGACCUUGCUGCCCGUAACGUGCUUGUGGCUGAGGACAUGACGUGUAAGGUGUCUGAUUUCGGACUCGCUCGUGACGUCAUGAAUAUCCGAGUGUAUGAACGGGGUUCAGAGGGUGCACUGCCCAUGCGCUGGAUGGCCCUUGAGUCCAUUUUGGAUGACGUGUACACAACAGAGAGUGACGUAUGGUCUUAUGGCGUACUUCUGUGGGAGAUAGUUACACUUGGUGCCCGUCCAUACCCUGCUAUGACAGCAAAGAUAAUGGUUGGUGAGCUUCGGUCUGGCUACCGUAUGCCCAAACCACAACACUGUCAGGAGGAAUUGUAUGUGAUGAUGUUGAGAUGUUGGGAUGAGGAUCCAGAGAGUCGACCGACAUUUAAGAUGAUCAGUAAGGAGCUGAGCAAACUCAUCAACAAAGGAAAGGAAUACAUAUCGAUCAAGGAUUUCCAAGAAACCGUUUAUGAAGUUGUGCUGACGGAAGAUGCUGGUGAAAAGUUUUAAUAGUUUAGUCAUCUGUAAAAUAAAAUAUUGCGCAAUUUUGUUUGAAUAUAAAAAUGCACGUCGAUAAUUUUGGAUUGUCUUUGUAUAUAUCACCAAAACCAUCCUGUGCUUCCUGGCAUACGGCUCUGCCAAUCAAUCUGAUUACACGCCUAUGACAUAAAAUAUAGAUCGUCUUCAGUGUUGAUCUAUAUUCCAUCCUGCUGCCUAGCAGAAGAAAACAAAGAAUCAGGUGAACACAAGUAAUUACCAUCACGUGACAUAUUAGCUUGCACCUUGUUUAGAGCAAUUAUGUGCUUAUCAACGUAAUGUCAAAUAAUGCAUCUACAUGUUUAAAGGUGUUAUGGUAUUAUGAUCAUUAUUUUCAGGGUUUCUUAACUAAAUUAUGUCUGAGGAAAGUCCUGAGGUGAAAUAUAUUAUGCAUUUAAAUUCCAUCUGAAAAAAGUUUAAUCAAUGCAUUAUACUCGGAUCUCUUUAAGUUCGCUUGCAAUACACUGUUAUUUCA